AUCGUUUGACGACGCAGACAAACAAAGCAUUGUCGAAAACAAUUAACCAAAUAUUCAACAUCAGUGGCUUAACAGUACAUAUUAUAUUUCGUGUAAUUAUUCCAAAAAUAUUCUCAAAUCUGAGUCCACUGAGGGAGAAAAAAAAAAGGCACCACAGUCAAACACCUCCACAUUCAGAAAACCCUACAUUCACAUUCACAUCAUGAGGAGCAUUCCACGUCAGGCACAGAGCCCCCACUCAGCCUCUGUGAGUCUGCGUCUCUAAAACCGUUGACCUUACGAACGAGUGCGCCGCAUCAUUGUGAGCGUUGGUGUUUCUGGGCGGUGCAAAGUGGAGAAGAGCACAUCAGAGUGCAGGAUAUCUGAGCAGAGCGCAGCACAGAGAGGCAGGCACAUCCGCCGCUGGAGAGGAUCAAAUCUGUACCAUCUGACGCUCAAGGAUUUAUGGGUUUAGUCAAAAUUGCUUUUCCCACUGUGGAGAUUAAGCACCGUAGGAUGUUUUCCACUCAGGCCGCAGAAUAGCUGUGUGUAGCUGUUGCUGCUGUUUUUCCUCCCUCUUAUCAGCUCCGGCGCUGGAGAAGGGAAUGCCUCAGCACGGCAGAGUGCUCCGAACCCUCGAGGGGAUUAAAUUCUGACUGGCAGGAGAGGUCCGUCCUCUGGGGAAUGUGAACCAUGCAGGUGGAUGCUGUCCUCGUUCUCUUCUGCGUUUGGCUCACAGGUGCAGUUGGGAGGAUGGCCCAGUCCAGGGGUCACAAGCUGGAGACCGCAAAGCAGAGCAGGUCGCGAAGAGAGACGAGCAUGGAUGGAGGAAAAAAAACUGGAAGCCCAAUUUACAAGCGAAGUGCAGACAUGACAAAAUCUCUGAUGACCAAAUCUGAGCAACUCCUGAGAAUUGACGACCAUGAUUUCACCAUGAGGCCAGCUUUCGGAGGUCCUCCAAUUCCAGUUGGAGUGGAUGUUCAGGUUGAAAGUCUGGACACCAUCUCCGAGGUGGAUAUGGACUUUACCAUGACCCUGUACCUGCGUCACUACUGGAAGGACGAGCGGCUGUCGUUCCCCAGCACCAACAACCAGAGCAUGACGUUUGACAGUCGCCUGGUGAAGAAGAUCUGGGUUCCUGACAUGUUCUUCGUCCACUCCAAGCGCUCUUUUAUCCACGACACCACCACCGAUAAUGUCAUGCUGAGGGUUUUCCCUGAUGGCAACGUCCUCUACAGCCUCAGAGUCACUGUCACCGCCAUGUGCAACAUGGACCUGAGUCGUUUCCCUCUGGACACUCAAACCUACUCGCUGGAGAUCGAGAGCUAUGCAUACACAGACGACGACCUGAUGUUGUACUGGAAGAAAGGCAACGAAUCCCUGAACACGGACGACAGAAUAUCUCUGUCCCAGUUCCUCAUUCAGAAAUUUCACACCACCACCAAACUGGCUUUCUACAGCAGCACAGGCUGGUACAAUCGAUUGUACAUCCACUUCACCCUGCGGCGCCACAUCUUCUUCUUCCUGCUGCAGACCUACUUCCCCGCUACUCUGAUGGUCAUGCUGUCCUGGGUGUCCUUCUGGAUCGACCGCAGGGCCGUCCCGGCCAGGGUGCCACUUGGCAUCACCACAGUGCUGACCAUGUCCACCAUCAUCACCGGAGUCAACGCCUCCAUGCCGCGCGUCUCCUACAUCAAGGCAGUGGACAUUUACCUCUGGGUCAGUUUUGUCUUCGUCUUCCUGUCGGUGAUAGAGUACGCGGCAGUCAACUACCUCUCCACCGUACAGGAGAGGAAAGAGCGGAAGCUGAGGGAGCGACUGCCGUGUACAUGCGGGAUUGGCAACCCGGACGAGAUGAUGAUCGACCCCCAGAUCACUGGCUACGGGUCCAUGGAUGUCAACACAACUGGGAAUUAUGGGAUGCCGGAGAACGGCGGUUGCCGGGAUCGAAUGUUGGCCCAGGUUUCCCUGAACGACCCGCAGAUCACACGCCAGGUCAGGCCAUCCAGAGGCUACGUGAACAUCUGGAUAGACACCCACGCCAUAGACAAGUACUCGAGGGUUCUGUUUCCUGGUGCGUACAUCCUCUUCAACGUCAUCUAUUGGUCCAUCUACUCGUAACGGGGAUGAGGCAGCACACUCAAGGAGCUUGGCUCUUCUGCAAGAGAGCAGGGACUAAACUUUGCAUUUGAUGCUUUUAAGACCGCCCUUGAGGCACUUGAGACGUUCGACCGGUUGGUGACCAUUGCCUUCUCGACCCAGCCACUUAAAACUGAAGAGUUUAUAAAUGAGCUACUGACAAACAGGACAAUCAAUGUCAUCGCUGGUUUUGUCACUGGAUCAAAUCCUUCUGUUGAUGGAAAGACGUUUGGACAGACUGCAGAGAGAAAGUCUGUAACCUGUGAAACUGUCCGAGCCCUUCAGUUCCUGAUGCAGUGACUCCACAUUUCAAAACCAGAAAUGUGAAUUAAAAACUGACAUUGCAAGGGCAUUGACAGAUUUUUCUUCUUCUUCGCAUAGGAACCAUACUUGACAAUCAAUUUCAAACUAAAAGUCCUACAAGAAAUAGUUUGGUUUAUUUGCUUUCGGGAGUAAAGUUAGAGAUGAGCAAUAUCAAUCCUCUUAUCUGACUCUUGGAUGAGAAAACGGAUGAACACCAUUACAUGAAAUGUGGGGAAAUUUCUCUUAAAAAACCUGAUGCUCUGAUAAUACCUAAAGACGGAUUUUUCUUUUGCAGCACGUAAGUACAAUGUGUUAUAUUUUCCUGUGAUAUUUGUAUCAAUGAAAAUGUGUUGCUGUCAAGCUGCUUACUGUGUUGCAUUCGUGAUUUGAUAAAGUUCAGGAAAAGGCAAAAUAAUAGUGUCUUUGGAAAAAACCCAAAUGUAAAAGUUUAUGUUAAGUCAGUCACAAACACCAAUUAUGGUAUUGACAUUUUUUUUAAAUGUCUUCUUUUCUGGUUUAACUGAAGCUCAUCUUCUCUGUUUGGUGUUGUGGGGCUUGAAGGUUCACUGUGACCUUAGUUGCUAGUUUUGUCUUUUUCAGCUGAAAACAGCUGUAUACUUUAUUAGGCUAAAUAUAUAGUAAAAUAUAUUUUGCUGGACAACUUAAAGAGCAAACACAUUAAAUGAAACUAAAGUGUUUAAUAAAUGUUUUGUUUUCUGAAUAUGAGAAAAUCCUUUGAGCCGAGCUUAGUUGCUAAACAACAGCAUCACAAAACUGUACAUUUUAAAUCUACAUGUAAUACAUUCGGUGUGUACAAAUAAACAUGGAUUGAGAUG